AUUCCAAGGUUCCAAGGCCAAAACUGAAAUAUUCUGCUAGCAAGAGGUUCUAGCUUUUCAAGAAAAGCAACGCUGUUGCACUCCUUUACUAUUUUUCCUGGAAAUUUGGUCAUCCAGCUAAAAUGGAGACUGGCAUAGCAUGUUGUGCUCGUGGGGCUUACUUACCUGGUGUUUCUCAGCAUUCUAAAGCUCCGGUGUCUCCACAGUCCAUUUCUCCAUCCUGCAGUUCCAGGGGUCUGAAAUCAAGCUCACUAUUUGGGGAGACGUUGCGCUUCGUACCAAGAUCAUCACUGAAGGUUUCGAAGGCAAAGAACUCUUCCCUUGUGACCAGAUGUGAGAUUGGUGAUAGCCUGGAAGAAUUCCUCACAAAGGCAACUUCAGAUAAGGGACUCAUAAGGGUGCUGAUGUGCAUGGGAGAGGCAUUAAGGACCAUUGCCUUCAAAGUCAGGACUGCUUCCUGUGGAGGAACAGCUUGUGUGAACUCCUUUGGAGAUGAGCAGCUUGCUGUGGACAUGCUUGCCAACAAUCUUCUUUUUGAGGCUUUGACUUACUCCCACUUCUGCAAAUAUGCUUGCUCUGAAGAAGUCCCUGAAUUACAAGACAUGGGUGGCCCAACCGAAGGUGGAUUCAGUGUUGCUUUUGAUCCACUUGAUGGUUCCAGUAUCGUCGACACAAAUUUCUCCGUGGGCACCAUCUUUGGAGUGUGGCCUGGAGACAAAUUAACUGGGGUAACAGGGAGAGAUCAAGUUGCUGCAGCCAUGGGGGUCUAUGGUCCUCGAACUACAUACGUUCUUGCUCUUAAAGACUACCCUGGAACCCACGAGUUUCUUCUUCUUGAUGAAGGAAAAUGGCAACAUGUCAAAGAGACAACAGAGAUCGGUGAAGGGAAACUUUUCUCCCCUGGAAAUUUGAGAGCCACAUUUGACAACGUUGACUAUGAAAAGCUGAUCAACUACUACGUUAAAGAGAAGUACACCUUGAGAUACACAGGAGGAAUGGUGCCAGAUGUAAACCAGAUCAUUGUUAAAGAGAAGGGUGUCUUCACAAAUGUUAUUUCACCAUCUUCCAAAGCCAAGCUGAGAUUGUUGUUUGAGGUUGCGCCUUUGGGGUUCUUGGUUGAAAAGGCUGGGGGUUACAGUAGUGAUGGAUAUCAGUCUGUGCUAGACAAGGAAAUCAUAAAUCUUGAUGAUAGAACUCAAGUUGCAUAUGGCUCCAAGAAUGAGAUUAUCCGGUUUGAAGAAACUCUAUACGGGAAAUCAAGACUUAAGUCUGAGGGCGUUCCUGUAGGAGCUGCUGCUUAAGCAAAAGUGCUAGCUUCUCAUGCCUUUCUUAUCUUUGUUUUGAUCCAAAUUUAAGCUGUCUGGUAUACAGAAUUGUUCGAUAGUGCAUGGAACAUUCAAAUAUUGGAGACUUCUACAAUUAAAAGAUUAGAUUUGCGCGAGCAUGAAAAUCAAGCAGGAAUGAUGACUAUUCUUUCCUUGGCAUGUUUUCUUCUCUGAUUUGUGUGAUUGACUAUAUAUGGAACUGACCUUCAAGGGAACUGCUUAUAAAUAUGUUUUAAAGUUAGAUGAUCAUAAAUUUGUACUGGGUUUUGUUGAAGUUUCUGCUGCUGUUAGGGGGAAGUUACAUUCAUGGUUUCAGCUCUACGAGUAAUAUUUAUUAAAAGCCUGUUGGGAAUUUCGUGAACUUCACCGGCAAGAUUUUUGAGUCUGUUGCCUCAACGCGUAAAGACACAGAGUGGCAGUAGUACUGCUACUUGAGCGGCAAUAAAGAUGGUUGGCCCUGGAAUUAUCCCUAUUCCCUUGUCUUGAUUCUCAGACCAUGCCAAGCUUUGCUUUUUAGAUCUUACUUCUUAGGAUUCUUCUCAAGAUACUAUCGCUGCAAUCUUACAGUGAACAUAUUCUAUUUGCCAGCUCAAGGUGAUCAUAAUCGUAAGAAGAUCCAUAGCAAGUUUACCCAUUCUAUCAAGGGCGAACCUAAAAAUUUGAUUGUUUGCAAGGUGAAGGAUUUUGCUGACACAAUUUGAGACAGAACCUUAGACCACACUAGAUACCGAUACACAUGGUAUCGUUAUGCACAAGUUCUUUUUAUUUAUGUAUUGUUUGUGCUUUUGAACUUCAUUCUAGUCUAAUCAUAGCAGUUACCUUUCAUAUAGGAGGUCGAAGCAGGAGUGGUGAAAUAGCGCGGAUCGGCAGGAGGCAUAGUUGAGGCACCUAUAGACAAAGUCUGGACCAUGGUUUCUGAAACCAAGAAACUAGCAGAAUGGAUGCCAAUGGUUGAAAGAUGCACUGACUUGGCUGGAGAAGAAGGCGUUCCAGGUUAUGUUCGGGCAGUAUCAGGAUUCAUGCUCCCUCAACAAAAUGGUGACAGGUCAUGGAUUAAGGAGAGGCUGGUUGCAAUGGAUUCUACAUCACAUAGCCAUGUUUACAAAAUGGAGGCCAGCAAUGUUGGUUUAGAUGGAUCAAUAAAUACAUUAAAACUUGUUGAUUACGGGGAUGAUUCCACACUAGUUAACUGGUCAUUAAUUUCAGAUAGCAUAAUAUAGAUUAUCUUGGAUUUCUGUACAAAUCUGGCAUUAAUAGGAUUGAAGGUGCUCUAAGAGCUUCAUCAA